AUGAGCAGCUUCCUGUAUAACUCAAACUUGAUGAACAAGUUCUUUUUGGUGCUACGAUAUAUUUGGACGGCUAUACCAGUCUCCAUCACUGCACGAAAGCAAUUCGAUGUCAGCACGAGCGCAAGGGAUGCUGCCACAUUCUCCCUAGAAAAAGACCAACUUCCAUAUAUCCGUUAUACAUAUUUGUUUGGCUGGUACGCCUCCAUUGCCAUGGAUAUUGCAACACGGUAG